AUGCGUAUCCUCCGCCGCCUGCGCGGGACACUGCUCGUGCUUACACGCGUGACCGUUACAAUACGCCGACAGAGGCCACUCAAAGUCGCCCCUGCCGCCGAUGCCGCCGAGCAUGGCGGCCAUGUGGGAGAAGUUCAUGUGCGUUCUGCGAUGCGGGCACGCCAUCACGGCGCACUUGUGCGCUGCGCAGAGACCGCUGCUGUACUGCGCCCGCUCGUUGGUGCAGGGCCGCCAGCUGCAGAGGUGGUUCUCGCAGAGCGGGGUGUUGUCGACUACUCUCGCGUCGCAGUUCAGUUUGCUACAUCGUGUGAUUGA